AUGGCGUUGGGGUUUACAGCUCUACUUGCUCAUUUUGAAGAUUACACUGUUCAGGAUUUGCACAAAGACGUUGAAGAAGCUGGCGCACUGCAGAAAAAUCAUGCUUCUGUGACAUCUGCACAGUCCACAGAGGCCGCCGAGGCUGCAGAGACUUCUUGCCUUCCUACUGCAGUGGAGUCAUUAAGCAUGGGGAGCUGUGAAAUACCUGCAGAACAAAGCCAGUGCCCUGGUCCAGAGAGUUCACCAGAAGUCAAUGAUGCUGAAGCCCCAGGAGAGAAAGAAAAUAGUGAUGCUAAAAGUUCAACAGAAGAACCAAGUGAAAAUGUGCCUAAAGUCCAAGACAACACAGAGACACCAAAGAAAAACAGAAUUACUUACUCACAGAUUAUUAAAGAAGGCAGAAGAUUUAACAUUGAUUUAGUUUCAAAACUUCUGUAUUCUCGGGGAUUACUAAUUGAUCUUCUAAUCAAAUCAAAUGUUAGUCGAUAUGCAGAGUUUAAAAAUAUUACGAGGAUUCUUGCAUUUCGAGAAGGAACUGUGGAACAGGUUCCAUGUUCCAGAGCAGAUGUCUUCAAUAGCAAACAACUUACUAUGGUAGAAAAGCGAAUGCUUAUGAAAUUUCUUACGUUUUGUAUGGAAUAUGAAGAACAUCCUGACGAGUACAGAGCAUAUGAGGAAACUACAUUUUCUGAAUAUUUAAAAACUCAAAAAUUAACCCCUAACCUACAAUAUUUUGUCCUGCACUCAAUUGCAAUGACAUCAGAGACAACAAGCUGUACUGUAGAUGGUCUCAAAGCUACUAAAAAGUUUCUUCAGUGUCUUGGGCGAUAUGGCAACACUCCAUUUCUGUUUCCUUUAUAUGGCCAAGGAGAACUUCCACAGUGUUUUUGCAGAAUGUGUGCUGUAUUUGGUGGAAUCUAUUGUCUUCGCCAUUCUGUACAGUGCCUUGUAGUGGACAAAGAAUCCAGAAAAUGUAAAGCAGUGAUAGAUCAGUUUGGUCAAAGGAUAAUCGCUAAACAUUUCAUUAUUGAAGACAGUUACCUUUCUGAGAAUACAUGUUCCCGUGUGCAAUACAGGUAAGGUUUACUGAUUACAGAUGGAUCUGUACUAAAAACGGAUGCAGACCAACAGGUCUCCAUUUUGACGGUGCCAGCAGAAGAGCCAGGAAGUUUUUGCUGUACAGUUAGAUUAUGCUCUUCAACAAUGACAUCAUGAGAAGACAUGUUUUGUUUGUCUUUAACAGAUUUGGUGCAUUUGACUUGUAUGUCUUCUAAAACAGCAAGAGAAGAUUUAGAACGGGUAGUCCAGAAAUUGUUUACUCCGUAUACAGAAAUAGAAGCAGAAAAUGAACAGGUUGAAAAGCCAAGACUUCUAUGGGCACUCUACUUCAAUAUGAGAGACUCUUCAGAUAUCAGCAGAGAUUGUUAUAAUGAUUUACCAUCCAACGUCUAUGUGUGCUCUGGCCCUGACUCCGGUCUAGGAAAUGAUAAUGCAGUCAAACAGGCGGAAACACUUUUCCAGCAAAUCUGCCCAAAUGAAGACUUCUGUCCAGCCCCGCCAAAUCCUGAAGAUAUUGUUCUUGAUGGAGACAGCUCACAACAAGAAGUUCCAGAAUCCAAUGUCAUACCCGAAACCAACUCAGAGACUCCCAAGGAAAGUACAGUCCUGGGAAACCCAGAAGAGCCUUCUGAAUAGUGGAUAUGCAUCAGACUUAACAACCUACUUUGGAAAUUCCUCUUGCCCUCACAGUGUUCUCAAUAGAAGGAAUAUUUGAGAUCUUUAAAAUACAACAACCAAUUUAUUAGGUAAAAUUAGAAGAAAUGAGUCCCAGAAAUCCAAAAAGGAAUUUUCUUCAAAGAGGUCAUUUCCAGAAACAUAAAACACUUAUAAAGCACAUUAACUUGCCUAUUUUAACAUACCAAACCUGUAAGAUUAGCAGGUGACAAAUAUAAAUGGACUGAUUCCUAGAAAUGUAGUUAUGAUGUAAAAGGGAUCCUGUUCUUCAUUAAUAAUUAUGUUCUGUCCACAUAAAUUUGUUUGCCACUUGGGAUCUUUUUUGUUGAAAGCCACAUCUAGAGAGUCAGCUCACAUACUUAUUUUGGUUAUUUGAAUUAUAUUUUAAUCUGGGUAUGAUAUAACAUAUAAAAUCAUAUGUAAAUAUGGUAGAGUAAAGCUAAACUAUCAUUAUCUGGCCAGGAGCCUAUAUUUGGAGUAAAAGUUGAUUUUAUUUUCUAUGUUAAAAACUGAAUAUGUUAAUACUAAGGUAUUUAGACAUUUUGCUAAUUUUAAUUUCUUAGUAAUUAGUGAUUUGGAUGUAUAUCAUACACACAUUGGCUAAAAUUCAAAGGUGAAGAAAUAGAAGACUACAAGCAAACAUUUGGAUAGGGUGAGUCUAAGUCAACUCAAGCACUAACAUCGUAUCCACAGAAUUAAUUUCAUCAUAGGUAUGUUACUAAAUAUCUGAGGCAAAUUGUUUAGCUUCUUAUCUUCAGUUUUCAGGUAUCAAGUGAAUCAUUAUACCUAUGAUUACAGAGCAGUUAUGAAGACCAAUGCCUUACAGUGGUUCUUCUGGAAUAUACUGUUUUAGAACUUACCUGUUAAUUGAUCUGUGGAUAAAUAUCAAACCAACCUCAUGAUUACAGCAUUAUAGUUAUUGCAGUAAAGUUUUAAUGCAAGUCUGUUUCCUAAACUCAUUAAUAACAGGUGGAAUGGUGGUUCUUGAAGUCUUAGGAAUACUUGAUAAAUUCAUAUUUCUCUUCUGGCAACUAAACCAGAACAGAGUGUUAACAGUUAAUAACCUGUAAUAUACACUUUACAUGAAAAAAUGAGGGCUAUCCAUUGCCAGAAAACCUAUUUGCAAUGCCUACAUUUAAAUGUCUCUAAGCUCUGAUGAUCUACUUUCUUUGAGCAAUAGUUUGGACCUAGAACUGCCUGUAAAUAAAUAUACAAUAAAUAAACCCAAUGCUUCCUGUCAGGGAGCCAUGGCUCCAACGAAAAGCACAGAAUUCUUUCUCCAUGUGCAGCUGGUUCCUGACCUGGCCAGGUUGCAGAAAAGAUUUUAAAGGUCCCAGCACAGAUUCUUAAGAAAUGGAAAAAUCCAAGGAAUGUAGCUCUUGCUGACCCCUGCAGAUUGAGAUGGACUGAGAAAAUGGGAAAAACUUCCCAGCCUCCCAGGCUACUCCUCUCAGGCUGCCUGCACCUCCUGCUGUCCAGCCCUCUCCUUCUCUGGAGAAUCCUUUCCUUUUUAUAAAGUCACACAAAUCAGGGACAGAAUCACUUUAUAACCUACUUUGUCACAAAGCUUCAGCUCUUACGUCAGCUGUUGUUUCCUGGAGCCCACCUAGGGCAUGCACUAAAUGCCAAGUAUGCACCAGUAAUGCACCAGGUACUGGUCCUGCCUCUCCAUACCAGCAAUAUGAAAGUUUCUCUUAGUUGAGAAUGUUAAGUUGGAAUACAAUCUCAGUUAAGUCGCACCAGUCCAGUAAAAAUGUUAUACUUUGUUAUAAUCUUAGAGUUAAGGCCUCCUAAAUGCAGCAUGUACAUUUAUAUAAGGAAACUAUUAGGCUUGUUAGGGUUAGAAUAAUUAGAAUAACUAGACACCUUUAGGACAUUGCAGCUGUCUAAAUGGUAGAACACAGAAACUAUCUUUUGUUUCAUGGCCCAGCUCAUACAAUAGCCUUUUAUCAUCCUUUUGAUGCGAUCAGAAAAAAAAUCUCUCUUCCAGAUCAUUUACUAAAUCUAUUGUUAAAAUGCUUAAAGCUCCUGAAUAUGAUUAAUGAUGGCUAAAAUACCACAAAAUUGUUUUCAAAAUUCUAACAAUUAGACCUAAUUCUUGUUGCCUCAGACUGUCAUACUAAACAUUUGAAGAGUGUUUUCUUUUGUUUUCUUUAUUAUUGCUUAAUACUUGUUUUUUACUGUAUUAAGUUCAAAACAACACCAACAACAAACCUUAAGGUUGUGUUGUAAAACCAUGUGUAAAGUCAGAUGAAUAAUAUUGCUGUUUUCCUUAAUGUAAACAUUUCCAUAAUUUUAAAUUUUGAAGUUGCUGGUAUCAAUUUUUUUACUUGUUUGUUUAAAGUAUUUAAAUAUGCAUGCCUGUUUCUAGAAACCAAAAAUGGUAUCAUUAAUUUAAGUGAUAAGAUCCAAUAACUAAUCCUAUGUUGCUUUUAUAUAUUUUUUCUAGUUGGUGUGCCUGUCCAAGAAAGCAUAUAUAAUAAAUGUCAGUUUCUAUUUUUAUAUAAUAAAAUGGCCAUGGUCAUGGGUAACUUCUAGAAUAGUGGACAUUUCUAAAAUAAUAUCCACAAUUAUACUGUUAAUUGUUGACAAUUAUUAACUUCUGGCAAGAUUGUUUCUAGAAUUGUCUGCCCUGGUAUUGUUAUCUAGUUCCUAAUAGUAACAAUCAUUUAAAGGAAUUAAAAAAAAAUUUCUUGCAAUUACUUAUGUACUACUAUUGGUAUUGAAUAAUUUGUCUUUUACUCAGUAAAAGUUCUUAUGUAUUUAAAAGGGCAUGAACAUAUAAUAAAUUGCACACUGUAAUAGAAUUUUCAGAGAAAAUAAAGACUUUUCAAUGCCUUA